GUGUUUUGUUUCCAGUGAUUGGAAAUCAGAUUCUCUUUCUUUGUUUGGUUGAUUUUCUCUGCAACAAUAUUUUGUGGCUUUUCUUUGUUGUCUUUUCUUCUUCAACGCAAGUUUCUUGAACUUUGAAUCUCAAGUCUCAACCUUUUAAUCUCUGAAACCUCAAUUAAUCUCAGCCGUCCUUGCACCCAAUUGCAAAAACCCCUUCCUCGCUGUCUCUUCCCCAGGACCCCCUUCCAUGACUCAAAAAUACCAAAUAUUUUCCCUUUAUGGGUUCUCUUUCGCUUCCCUCCAACCGUAACACCAAUCCACCCACGAGAAACGCCGUCGUUUAGUUCCCCACCAGUGGCCUGAGUGGGGAACCAUCUGAAUUAUGGAGGGAAAUUCACGUAUUCAAAAUCGCCAAAAGAAGCAGAAACUACUUAUCAAAAAAAAAAAAAACCACCAAAAGAAGCAGAAACUGAAUGAAGAACAGGACACUGAUGGGAACAACAAAUGCCUAAGUAACUUACCCGAGGCCGUUCUUCUAGACAUUCUUUCCCUUCUUCCAACAAAAGACGCUGCUAGGACAAGCCUACUUUCUAAAAGGUGGAAAUACCUGUGGGCUUCUAUUCCCAAUCUAGUUUUUGAUGGAUCCUUUCCUGCUAUGAGAACAAUUUGCUUCUCAUAUCUAGAGAUCUUGACAAUCAAACAUGUAACGUUUUCAGAUGAGUACUUAACCCAGCAGCUUUUUUCUGGUACACCAGUCCUUAAGAAGUUGGAUAUAUUAUACUGCAGCUGGGGGGAUCUCAAAGUUGUGACUAUUUCUGCUCCCAAGCUUCAUUCUCUGCGCAUACAUGAAUGUCGGGAAAAAAAAUCGAGAAAUGGGGAUGUUUGUCAGGUUAUGAUUUUUGCAGAGAGUCUCAAAGAAUUUUAUUACUCUGGUAUAUUCAGCAACUAUCGCUUAUAUAAGUCAUUCACAUUGGUAAAGGCAUGGAUUUCCACUUACCCUAAACCAUCAGAAAAAAUUGCUCAUUGCAUGUAUAAGCUUCUUACAGGGUUCUCCAACGUACAAUUUUUAACACUUCCCUGUGCGCUGGUUAAGGGGAUCAGUCGUGAGAAAGUUGAUGGGAUAUUGAAUCCAGUGCCUCCAUGUUUCUUGUCACACUUCAAGUGCAUUGAAGUUGCUGAGUAUCGUGGAGAUGAGAAUGAGCUUUCUGCUGUAAAGAUUUUGCUCAAGAAUGCAAUUGUCUUAGACAAAAUAGUUAUAACUUGCCCCAAGCUUUAUGCAAGAUACAAAGAGGGCCAAGAGAAGAUUUGUAAACAGUUGAAAGAGCUCCGUGGACGGUCACAAAAUUGUAAAAUCAUUUUGGAAUGUGCUUCUGAGAUCUUACUCUAAAAAAAUGUAAAAAAAAGCCAUUAACUCUUGUUUAUUGGAAGAUGUAAAAGUAUGGCUGCUUGUACUUCUACCCUAUCUAGGUAACUUGCUGCUAUGGAAUGUUCGUUCAUGCUAUUUGGUGAUAAUUAGUUCUGACUUC